AUGACGCUGUCCUCGGCCCCCGACUACGAAAACCAGCAUAUCUUUCAGCGCAACCGACUCAAUCCAAGAGCAUAUUUCCUUCCGGAGACGUCUCUCUCGCUCAAUGGUCGCUGGGACUUUAACUAUGCAGCCUCUCCCGUGAGCGCCCCCGAGCCAUCAUGGUCCAAGGGCCCCAAGAGCGCCACGUCCGAACUCCGCCGGGAUAUUUACCAAUCCAGCUCUGACGGCGCAGCCUAUGAGACAUCGUGGGCUCCCAUCACUGUCCCUGGCCAUUGGCAAUUGCAAGGUUAUGGCCGUCCACACUACACCAACGUCAUUUUCCCCUUCCCCGUCUGCCCGCCAUUUGUGCCGACAGAGAAUCCGACGGGAACCUAUCGUCGCACCUUUCACGUUCCGGCCGAGUGGGAUGCUUCUUCCCAGCUACGGCUGAGAUUUGACGGCGUUGACAGCGCGUAUCAUGUCUGGGUUAAUGGAGUCCAGGUUGGGUACGCGCAAGGGAGCCGCAACCCGGCGGAAUUCGAUGUGUCACAAGUUGUAGAGCGCGACGGCGCCAAUGAACUGUUUGUCCGAGUCUAUCAGUGGUGUGAUGGCUCCUAUAUUGAAGACCAAGACCAAUGGUGGCUGUCAGGAAUUUUUCGCGAUGUGACGCUGCUCGCAUUCCCUGGCCCGGCUCGUAUCGAAGAUUUCUUCGUGCGCACCGAACUCGACCAGGAUUAUGUUGACGCGACGUUGCGCUUGUCUUUGAAUCUCUCUCUGGAGGCGGCAGCCGUCGUGCAAGUGACCUUGAGAGAUCCUUCUGCCGGCAGUACGUUGGUGUCUGAAGAGAAUUCUCUUCGAGCAAGGCAAGACAAACUGGAGGCUAAGUUUUCCGUCUGUAACCCGAGAAAAUGGACAGCAGAGACACCAUAUCUCUACGACCUGUGUAUCUCUCUCUGCGUAGGUGAUGCCACUGUACCGGUACAGACGAUCAACCACCGUGUCGGCUUCCGCCAGGUGGAGAUCAAGAGCGGCAAUAUCACUGUGAACGGUGUACCAGUGAUGUUCCGCGGCGUCAACCGGCAUGACCACCAUCCACGCUUCGGUCGAGCUGUUCCUUUAUCGUUUCUGCGCGAGGACCUCUUGAUCAUGAAGAGGCACAACGUCAACGCUGUCCGUUGCUCGCACUACCCAUCCCAUCCCCAUCUGUACGAACUGUGCGACGAGCUCGGACUAUGGGUGAUGGGCGAGGCAGACCUGGAAUGUCACGGAUUCUACGAUGCCAUUGCACGGCCCCUAGAUAUUCCUGAGUCAAUGGACUACGAGGAGCGAAAGAAGCUCACCUUUGACCAGGCCGCGCAGUUCACCACCAACAAUCCCGAGUGGAAGGACGCCUAUGUCGAUCGAAUGGUCCAAAUGGUGCAGCGCGAUAAGAACCACUCCUGUAUUAUUCUUUGGUCCCUUGGCAACGAGGCGUUUUACGGCUCAAACCACCAGGCCAUGUACGACUAUGUCAAGCAGGUUGAUCCCAGUCGUCCAGUGCACUACGAAGGAGACAUGGAGGCCAAGACGGUUGACAUAUACUCGUACAUGUAUCCAUCGGUCGACCGACUUGUGCGUCUGGCUACUGCAGAGGGAGAUGUGUUCACAAAGCCAAUUGUGCUUUGUGAAUAUGCUCACGCGAUGGGGAACGCACCGGGCGGCUUGGAAGAGUAUAUGGAAGCCUUCCGUACUCAUCGGCGCUUACAGGGAGGAUGGAUCUGGGAGUGGGCGAACCACGGACUCUGGGAUGAGGAAAAAGGAUGGUAUGGCUAUGGUGGUGACUUUGGCGAUGCGCCCCACGACGGCAACUUUGUGUUGGACGGACUGCUUUUCAGUGACCACACCCCCACACCUGGGAUUACUGAAAUGAAAAAGGCCUAUGCCCCGGUUCGUGUGGCGCCUGGUGAGGACGGGACGCUGGUGGUUACAAAUGACUACAAUUUUGUUGGGCUGGAAGGCCUCGAGGCCGUCUACAAGAUCGAGAUCUUGGGAGAUAGCGGGUGCAUUAUUUCCACAGGCAAUAUACAACUUCCGGCCAUUCCUGCUGGCCAGAACCGGACCAUCAAGCUGCCGGCUAGGCCAGCUGCAACAACUGCCGGGGAGGUCUGGCUCACCGUCAGCUUCCGCGAGAGAGCAGAGACGCCAUGGGCAAAAGCCAACUACGAAGUCGCAUGGUACCAGCAGUGCCUCGAGUCAUCGUCUCCACGUCCCUCAUUGCCUGUACCUGCUCAAAAAUUGACGCUGACAUCCACGAAGACGACGCACCAGAUUGCGGGCGCCACGUUCUGCCUGGAGUUCUCCAGAGAAACUGGCAGUCUCUUCAACUGGACGGCCAAUGGCCUCUCCCUGUUUGACCAGUCCUCAACAACUGGUGCCAUCUGUCCCGGAUUCUGGCGGCCACCGACAGACAACGACAUGUCCUAUGACCUCGGGGAAUGGCGACGGUUCGGGCUCGACGCUCUCACCUCUCAGCUGCGCAAGAUGCACGUUGUUCAGCAUAGUACGAGCAUAGAAGUCACUGCGGACACAUAUCUCUCCGCGCCAAUUCUGGGAUGGGGAUUCUUCGCCUCGAUCAAUUACACCGUCUCGGGCAAUGGUGCCCUAAGGGUCAACGUCCACCUGAAGCCCCACGGCCCAACCCCAGCGGACCUGCCUCGGAUGGGGCUGGACUUACUCCUCGCGGAUGAGUUGGACAAUGCAUCGUGGUUCGGCCUGGGCCCCGGCGAAGCGUAUGCGGACAAGAAACGAUCACAAAAGGUGGGCAUUUACAACGCCACCACGGCGGAACUGCAUACACCCUACGAAGUACCCCAGGAAGGGGGCAACCGGAUGGAGACCCGGUGGUUACAUGUGCACGACAGCAGGGGAUGGGGCCUUCGGGUGACUCGCGUUAAGGAGGAGAGUGACAAGCAGCCGACUGAACUGUUCCAGUGGGUUGCCACGCGGUACAGCGCCGAGGCUGUCGAAGCCGCCAGGCAUGCGUCUGAGCUUGUUCCUGAUAAACGGGUCAGGUUGAGACUGGAUGCGGAGAGCUGUGGUGUGGGAACGGGAGCUUGUGGCCCUCGUACCCUGGACAUGUAUCGGGUGAAGUGUGAGGAGAGGAAGUUUGGUUUUUAUCUACAGCCGGUUUUUGCAGAGAUAUGUUAG